AUGAACUUUAGAUUGUGUUUUCUUUGGUUCGUUGUUAUAAUUCUAUCUUUAUCACCACAUGUUUCUUCAGCUGAUAAGAAAGGAACGGAGCGAAAAUGUAUUGCACAAUGCAUGGACUAUUGUACCAAUGAAAGUGAAAGUGGCAUUCCACCUGAUUUAUGCAAUAAUGCUUGUAUAACAAUGUGCUAUUCGGCUCGGUAUGAUGCUAAUAAUAUGGAUAUCGAUUGGGAAGAUGAUCAAUAA